ACAUGCUCGAAAUCUUGAACCCUCAGCCGAAAGUUCAAGUACUCCGAGGAAGCAAACUUGGGCGAGCGGAACGCCCAACGCUGCCAUGAACAGUAGAGGUAGCGGAGAGAGUUCCUCAGUCAGUCCCUUUGUCUUUUUGUCGUGUGCCUGCUAGCCCGUCUUCCUGUCGCCAUGUCACGACUCUCUGCGCAAGUUUAAUGCUGAUGCCCACACGCUGUGGCCCAGGUAGCUCUUGUCCAUAAGCCAGACCUGACCCUAGAGGCGUCCUUGGAUAUGCUCUCGCUCGACAACGUACCACAAACAGUAUACGAAUCAAACUCUCGGCAACUGUCUGAAUGCGUCCAGAGGCUAAGAGCUGUCCCCAUCGACAAAAAUUACAUAGAUACCGCCUGCAAAGAAUACAAUCGAACCAGAGUACAAGCGGGACAACUAUGUAAAGCCCUUCUGAGACAAACAUUGCACGACCAGAAAUCAUCCGGCUCCAGCUCACUGGCCGAUCUCGACAAAGGUGCUGCUUCGAACAUUCAACCUGGCUCCUCUCGCCUUGGCUCCGUGCCGAGAGCAUCCUUUAGCUCGAUUUCGCCCAGCGAUGGCUAUCCACCGCCAAAUAUCUACGAGCAACACCUGGACAUGAUUCAAGGCUGGAUCGGCUGCCUAGAAAUCCUUUCGGCCGCGCUGCGCAUUCCAUUGCUGGAUACAUAUAAGAGUUGGGAGCCUGACGCUAGUCCUGCCAUGAUUGAGCAGCUUUUUCAGAACACAACGUUUCGAAGGAAUGUUAUCUUACGGCUACGGAAUGCGAGCAAAAGUGCCAGAUGGGACAACUUCAAGACAUUUGAGACAAGGUUUCACUGUUUUGAUCAACUAAAGGCUGAUCUCAUCGAGGUGAAAUGUCUACUGCAUGAUGGUGAGUCUGGCAUCUCGCCAGAGAGGGACAUCGAGGAGAUUUCUGUCUCACAUCGUGGCGAUGCUAUUCUGGAAUUUGCAAACAAGGAGUCAGAGGUCUUUCCGGUGCUUCGUUUCAGGGUGUCCUCUCAUAUGCUGGCUGAAGCCUCGCCCAUAUUUGCACAUAUGUUUGGAAACUCGGCCAUGCUGACUUCCUCGGAGGGAGACGAACAAAACAACCUACCUCCUCCACCUUCAACCUACACGUUUCAAGAUGGAGCUGAGGUGCAGGUGUAUAGAAUGCCACAGCUUGAGCUGAACACUGGGAAGUCCCUCGAGAUCCUUCUACAUGCGGCACACAUGCACAAUGAUAAGGUUCCCAAGGAGAUCGACUUCGACACUUUUGUCGCUAUUGCAGAAGUAUGCAUGCGUUAUAAAUGCACUGCACCUUUGGAGCUGACUGUUGAGUAUCUCUGGCUUCCACAGUGGUUACACAAAGCAAACGAGGACAUGCCUAAUGGACUACUUUUAAUAAGCUAUGCCUUUGGAAUGAGAACGCUCUUCACACGCAUGUCCAAAACGGCAAUUCUUAAUAUUGUUGACCAGGAGGAUCUUGAGUCCAGAACAUGGCCCAGACGGCUUAAAGACAAAGUUUGGGCCGUACGCAAUGCCAAAUUCGGCCAGGUUCAUCAUUGUUGUCAGAGUAUGCUCCAAGAGUAUUUAAGGUGCCCACCUGCUAUGCCUCUGACGAAGGGAAAUAUCCACGUGAACGGCCUUGCUCCGACUGUGAAGCCUCGCUGCGUGAGAGGGAGUCAUUCAUGCGAUGCGGCUUGUCUGGGGUGGCUUAUGAUGCUUUUCAGCGAGCUGCAGGUCUUGCCCCAGAUCAUGUACACUACUGUCCUUAGCCGCCGUCCACCGCCACCAAGGCGAAGUUUGGAUCAGCUUCUCGGAAGUUUACGUUUCAUGGCAAGCCCACCUCAAACCCAUACUGGCCCUUGCGACUUUGCUCCAGCGUUUAGAGCAGCCAUCAAUGACAUAUAUAACAGUCUGUCGGGGCUGACGCUAUUUGACGUGUCGGGAAAGCACGGUUGGGCCUUGAGUAGACACAAGUCAAUGACACCACAGCCUGUUUUGAAGGUAGGCGUUCCAACACCAGAUUCUAGUGUAGCAAAGAGGACAACAGACGACGUGAUUCUGAGGGUCAUGCGCCAUCUAGACGACCUCAACGAUGUGUACAAUGCCGCUCUGGUAAACAAGGCAUUUUUCCAGUCCUUUAAGAACAAUGAAUUACUUCUCCUACGAAACCUUAUUGGUAAAGCUAAGGCCCCUGAGAGAUGGGCAAUCCACGGGGCGGGCAGCAAGAAAGAAGCAAGACUAGAAAUGAACCCGCCCAGCGCGAAGGAAGAUCUAGAAACGUGUGGGGAGCCCCUAGGGCUUGCUGACAUCGAGAAAGGACUGGAGUCUAUCAAUAUAGCAUCUGAUGGAAGCAACCGCACUCCAGAACCUCGCUCUGUUUUCGAGGAGGACAGCGACUUGGAACAUUAUCAGAACGAUUUUGAGAGCGACAGCCUGGUCGAGGUGAUUGAGGCCGGCUAUGGAUCACCCGGCGAAAAGAUGACGCGGGAGGAAGCUGUUCGGAUAUUAUGGCCGGAUGACAACGAAUUUCAGUCGCGAACGCCAGAUAACGGAAUCGAUCUUCGCUAUCAAAGCAAUGAAGGUUUACCCGUUCAGGGAAGUAGACAGAUAACAGAAAAGUUUCGAGCUGGGGAUCUAUCGUUCCAAAGCAUCGAGGAGAAGACCCUCAUCACAAAAGAGGACAAGAACCUCAGCGAUGAACACUACGAACGAAUAGGCCUGAGAAGAGCCAAUGCCGACGGAGAAUCAGACACGUUGUCCGAAUGGAUAUAAAAGAUGUCGCAUUCCCGAGUGGCUGGGACAUUGUUGCACGUGUGCCAUGUCUUGACAGAUUUGACAAUAUAACGCAUUUACGACGGUGUUACAACUCACUGUUUUGGGAUGAACUGGACUUGAACCGAACGAUAUGACCCAGUAGCUUGGGUGCAGAGGAAA